GGAGGGAGAGCAUCGCUGGUGCUUUGUCCUACCGGAAGUUUGCGAAUCCAUCUGUUUUAAAAGGUGGUGUAAUAUAGUUGUGAAAUAUCUAACUAUAAAAAAAAGACUAAGAGGAAAAUAACUUAUUUGUCAAUAUUGAAAGGAAAAAAGAUUCGGAUUUAAGUAUUUUGACGUAGUAGUAGUAAGUUGUGGAUUGGAUGAAGUUUAAAUACUAAGGUUACUUUGGUUUCGUCUUGUAGCUGAAAACAAACUAAUAGACUAUCAACUUGAGUGACCUCGCCAAUAAUCUCUGCGGAUAAAAAUGAAAUGAAGCUGCACGAGGAGUGAGAGGAAAAGAAAAGGAAUCCGUAAACUGAUUUUAAUGGAGCUAGACAUUUUUCAGGGAACAAAACAACAACUCUUUGAAAGCGGCGUACAAAAGAGAUGAGUCAUUAAUCAAACCAGAGAGAGAGAGAGAGAGAGAGAGAGAGAGAGAGAGAGAGAGAGAGAGAGAGAGGGGCGUGAGGUGAACCAUUGCUCGGGGGUAGAAGAGAGCAAGGGGGGAUGGAGCGGGGAAGAGCGUGCUACCUCCUCUGCCCCUGCCUGUUCCUCCUGGUGGCUCGAGGCUCCGGACCUGCUGCCUCGGAACGCCUCGCCUCGAACACCACUGAGGAGGGGUCCAUGGUGGUGGUGAGUGCCUCGCGCGGCGCCACGGCCAGACUCCCCUGUGCCAUCACCUCCAGCAGCCCCCCCGCGGAGCCCCCCCUGCUGGUGCUCUGGUACAGGGGCUCCUCCGUCACCCCGGCCUACAGCUACGAUUCCCGCCCAUCAGCACAUCACAGCAGGAUGGGCGGGCGUGGGAAUGGGCGGCAUGAGCAGAGAGGGCGGCAGUGGGCGGACGAGGAGGCGUGGGGCGGUGGUGGGGAGGGCGUGUUGCGGGCAUGGCUCAACACCUCCGCCACCCCCGCCCACUUGGUGAUCUGGGGCGUGCGUGGGCGGGACGAGGGCGUAUACAGGUGCGUGGUGCACUUCAGGGCCGCGCCGUCCUGGGCACAGCGGGUCACUCUCAGGGUGAAAGAUCCUCCGGGCUUCCCACGGCUGCAAGAUGAGUCUGGCCGCCGCCUUGAGGGUCCCAUCGGCCCCUACGAGGAGGGAGAAGCCGUGAGGAUCGAGUGUUUUGUCGUCGGGGAGCCCCCGCCGAGACUGGAGUGGGGCGGGGCGGCGCGACGGGACGGGGCGACGGAGGAGGUGCUGUUGGGGAAGAGGAUGGCAAGAAAAACACUCACACUUGUGGCCUCCCGAGCCCUCUACCGCGCCUCCUUCACCUGCUCCUCCUAUGCACCCUCCUCCUCCUCCUCUUCCUCUUCUUCCCUCAACAUUUCUUCUUCCUUCUUUCCCUUCUCUUCAUCCUUCUAUAAAACCUCAUCUCCUUCCUCCUCAUCUUCUCUCUAUUCUUCCUCCAUAUCUCCGUCUUCCUUUACUUACAAAAACAUCUCUUCCUCUUCCUCCUCUAAUAAUAUCUUUUACAAUAUAUCCUCUUGGUCUUUGUCUCCCUACCAUGCUUCCUCCUCCUCCUCUUCCUCUUCUUCCUCUUCCUCCUCCACAAAGCUUCGUCCGCUGUUCACCGCCACCGCCAUCCUCAUGCUGAACCUGCCGCCCCUGGAGGUGAGGCUGGAGGCGCCGCGCGGGGGCUGGGUGGCGGCGGGGCAGGCGGCCAGGUUCCGGUGUGUGGUGGUGGGCUGCGCGCCGCCGCCGGUCAUCCAGUGGAGGCUCCGCGGUCGACGCCUUAACACACACACCGCGCUGCAUCAUCAGGAGGGAGGCAACGUGAGCAUCAGCACGGUGAGGGUGAGGCCGCAGCACACGGAUGACAAGGCCCCUCUGGAGUGUCGCGCCUUCAGUCCUCGCCUCGCGUCCCAGGCCCUCCAGCACCACCUUCUGCUGAGUGUUCGCUUCGUGCCCGUGGUCACCUUGGAGGCAGGUAAGCCGGAAGGUGAAGCCGUAGCCGUCCAACAGGGCAGCUCCGUCACCCUCACCUGUCACGUGAGGGCCAACCCACCUGUCUUCAACGUCACCUGGUUUCAUAACGGCCGUGCGUUGCCUCAGGCCGCCAGUGCCGUGGGAGCUCUGAACACCACGCUGCUAAUUACCAACUUGAUGGAGUCCUCAGCGGGGCUGUACACUUGCAUGGGAAGCAACCUGGAGGGCGACGGGCAGAGCAACGCCUUACAACUGGACGUGACGUACCGUCCUAUGUGUGCCUCGACGUCUACUCAGCCACAGGUGUACGAGGUUUCUGCAGGCUCUGACGUGACUCUGAGGUGUGAGGUGAAGGCUAAUCCCGCCCCCUUCGCCUUUACCUGGGCCCUCGAGAACACGGCAGACGGCUCCCUCACGCGGCUGCUGACGGCGCGGCGGGGACGGAAAGGCCUGGCAGGGCGCUACACCCUCAGAGACGUUCGUGGGGCCGUUCAGUUGCUGUGUUGGGCCAGGAACGCCGUUGGCACGCAGACGACGCCGUGCAAGCUUACAGUCCGCCCCCACAAAAGAGGGGUUGACAGUGUCCUCGGCAGCUGCAGCGUCGAUAACCACUCGGCUUCGGGGUUCACGGUGACUUGUGACGAGCCGGCUCCCAGUCAGGGGGGGCGCUUCACCCUCUCCGUCUACUCGCAGGCAGGAGACAAUACAAGGCGAGAUGAAGAAAAGAAGAAAAAUGAGAGUUAUGACUGGAAGAAGAAGGAAGAAGCGGAAGAAGGGAAGGAGGGGAUCGAAGACGAGAAGGAGGAAGGGGAUAGGGACGAGGAGGAGAAAGGAAAAGUAAAAACAUCCCUCCACAACCAAAGUGAUUUACUGAAGAGCUUGAAUUCCUCUUUACCCAUCUUUCGGGUGGACGGGUUGAGGGCAGGGCAGAGGGUGGUGGUUGUGGUGAAGGUGGUCAGGGAAGAAAGAAUUAGUGAGCUUAAGGUCCUAACUACCUCCACCCUCCCAGACGAUACUGCCAACCCGAACCGAAUAAGUGCUCCGAAAAGGCCUAUCAACGCUACUGAAGACGGCACUGAAGAGGGGGAUGGAGGAGGUGGCGAUAAAAAAGACGAAAACAGAGGAGGAAGGAAACGGAACAGAAUGGCUCCAGAUGGCUCGUUAGGCUUCAAGUUUCUCGUUUUCUUUGUGUUCCUGAGUGUUGUCCUCGCCCUCUCAGCCCUCGCCACCUGUGUUGUGAGGAAACGAAGCGAAGUGCCUGUUAGUCGGGGCUGUGGACAGAUAAAAGAGCUGUGCUUGACAUCCCAUCAGGCCUCCUCCAUCACCAAAGAAAAGGAUGUUCUUUCCCUCUCCCUGAAUGGUCCGUUUAUGGGAGAAGAACAGACGACGAUGACGAACGAAAGGAAGAGAAAGGGGAGAGAGGCAACAAUAAGGAGGAAACGCUACAGUAAUUAUGAAGCAGGUGGUGGGGCUGGUGAUCGUGGCGGCGGCGGUGGCGGCUGUAAGGAUGGCAUCUUCUACUUACGCCUCAGCCAUCUGCCGCCGAUAAACUACCCUCCUGCGGGACUGUCCUUCUCCCCGACAGCUAUUCAAAGUGCGGGUAACAUCGACGGCCUGCGAGUAAAGAAAGCAGGACAAGGGAGGGCAAGGCGGAGUGCUGUGCAGGACGGCAACACGGGCAGCGCAAGGAACCAUAUGUUGUGUAGGCUAUGAAGACACACACACAGACAGAAAAGAUAACAGUACUGCUUAAUUAUUUGGAACCUUGACUUCACCGCACGUUUAAGAGAGUGAAUAGCACAGGUAAGUGUGCAUUAAGACACAGAGAGGAAGCAGGCUCUCACGGGUCAGUUAACAUGCCUUUUUUGUAUGUAAAAAAAGGUUUGAUAUAACAGUGUAAAGUGAAGAAGAUCAAGACACUGACACGUGUCAUGUCUGCUCUGUUCGUAUAUAUAUUUAUAC